UGACCAGCAGACCUUUGUGUCAAGCCCUUCCCUCCCCCACAGUGACCGCCCGCUGCUAACCCCGCCUCCCUCUAAGCUGGAUCAGGAGUGCCAUUGAAGGCAACGCUGAAUGCUGUCACUGCUCUCCUGCUGCAUUACCCAGCAUCCCACAGCAACAGACCAGCUCUUGAACCUGGACGUGUGGACAUACAUAACAACUAGAGACAGAAGGACGGACAGAUAGAGGUGCAGAGAUAGAAGAAGAAGAAGGGAGAGUGGGGCGCAAGACAAACACUUGAGUCACUGUGAGGUCCCUCACAUGGUGACUUCUAAUGUCAAAACUCUAAACCAGAAACAUGGUCAUUCUGCAACAGGGGGACUAUGUCUGGUUGGACCUCGGAACAGGCCGUGAGUUUGACGUCCCUGUUGGCGCCGUGGUCAAACUCUGUGACUCGGGUCAUAUCCAGGUCUUGGAUGAUGAAGGAAAGGAGCAGCGGAUCUCUCUUCAAAAUGCUACAAACAUCAAACCUAUGCACCCAACCUCCAUUCAUGGGGUGGAGGACAUGAUUCGUCUUGGGGACUUGAAUGAAGCUGGUAUCCUCAGAAAUCUCCUGAUCCGUUACAACGACAGGGUCAUAUAUACGUACACGGGAUCAAUCCUGAUAGCGGUGAAUCCAUACCAGCUCCUGCCCAUCUACACACCUGAUCAUAUCCGCCUCUACACAAACAAAAAGAUAGGAGAGAUGCCGCCACACAUCUUUGGCAUUGCAGACAACUGCUACUUCAGUAUGCAAAGAAACAACAAGGACCAAUGCUGCAUCAUCAGCGGUGAGUCUGGAGCUGGGAAGACGGAGAGCACCAAACUCAUCUUACAGUUCCUGGCAGCUAUCAGCGGCCAACACUCCUGGAUUGAGCAGCAGGUUCUGGAGGCCAACCCUAUCUUAGAAGCAUUUGGUAAUGCCAAGACCAUACGCAAUGACAACUCCAGUCGGUUUGGAAAAUACGUAGACAUUCACUUCAACAAGCGAGGAGCUAUCGAGGGGGCAAAGGUCGAGCAGUACUUGCUGGAGAAAUCAAGAGUUUGCAGACAGGCAGCCAAUGAGAGGAACUACCAUGUAUUCUACUGUAUGCUGGCAGGCAUGAGCCCUGAUCAGAAGACUAAAUUAGGCCUGGGCCUGGCCACAGACUACAAUUAUCUUACUAUGGGAAACUGUACAGUGUGUGAGGGGAGGAAUGAUAUGAAGGAGUACUCCAGCAUUCUGUCAGCCAUGAAGGUCCUGAUGUUUACUGACACUGAAAACUGGGAGAUCUCCAAACUGCUGGCUGCCAUCCUGCAUAUGGGCAACCUGCGCUUUGAAGCUCGAACGCUGAAGAACCUGGAUACCUGUGUGGUGGUUCGCUCAAUGGACCUGGCCAAAGCAGCCACGCUGUUGGAGGUAGACCCUCAGGACGUCAUGACUUGUCUGACCACACGUACACUGAUCACCAGGGGUGAAAGUGUGUCCACCCCUCUCAGCGUGGAUCAGGGGCUGGAUGUCCGUGACGCCUUUGUCAAGGGAAUCUAUGGCAGGUUAUUUGUGUGGAUAGUGGAUAAAAUCAAUGCUGCCAUCUAUAGGACUCCUUCCACAGAAAGCAAGACUGUUCGCAGGUCUAUAGGCUUGCUUGACAUCUUCGGUUUUGAGAAUUUCACUAUUAACAGUUUUGAGCAACUGUGCAUCAACUUUGCAAAUGAGAACCUGCAGCAAUUCUUCGUUCGCCACGUUUUCAAGCUGGAGCAGGAGGAGUACAACUUGGAAGAUAUCAACUGGCAGCACAUUGAGUUCACCGACAACCAGGAUGCCUUGGAUAUGAUUGCCAUGAAACCUAUGAAUAUCAUUUCCCUUAUUGAUGAGGAGAGCAAGUUCCCAAAGGGAACAGAUGCUACCAUGCUGAACAAGCUAAACUCCCAGCACAAACUUAAUACCAACUACUUCCCUCCUAAGCACAGUCACGAGACCCAGUUUGGCGUUCAGCACUUUGCUGGAGUCGUGCACUAUGAAACUAAAGGUUUCCUGGAGAAAAACCGAGACAGCCUCCACAGUGACAUCAUCCAACUCGUGCACACGUCCAAAAACAAGUUCAUCAAGCAGAUCUUCCAAGCUGAUGUUGCUAUGUUUCUAUGUGGCUAUUUGGAGCCCACUGCAUCCCUUCAAAAGGGAAUGGAGACAAGGAAGCGUUCCCCGACUCUGAGCAGUCAGUUUAAGCGCUCGCUCGAGCUGCUCAUGAGGACGCUGAGCGUGUGUCAGCCUUUCUUUGUGCGCUGUAUUAAACCCAAUGAGCUCAAAAAGCCCAUGAUGUUUGAUAGAGGACUGUGUGUCAGGCAGUUACGCUACUCCGGGAUGAUGGAAACGAUCCGCAUACGCAGAGCUGGAUAUCCCAUACGCUACACAUUCGCUGAGUUUGUGGACCGUUAUCGGGUUCUUAUGCCUGGGGUCAAACCAGCCUUCAAACAGGAAGAUCUGCGAGGGACCUCUCAGCGCAUUGUUGUGUCAGUUCUAGAGAGAGAUGAUGACUGGCAGAUAGGAAAGACAAAAAUCUUUCUGAAGGAUCAUCAUGACAUGCAGCUGGAAAUUGAAAGAGAUAAAACCAUCACUGACAAGGUCAUUCUCAUCCAGAAGACUGUGAGAGGUCAGAAAGAGAGAACUAACUUCCUAAGGGUUAGAAAGGCUGUGACAUUAAUCCAGCGAAUAUGGAGAGGCUACAUCUCCAGAAAGCACUACGCUGUGAUGCGUGUAGGUUUCUUACGGCUUCAGGCCUUGUAUAGGUCACGGAAGUUGUACCUAGCGUACCAAGCAUCCAGGACAUGCAUCACUCUGCUCCAGGCCUGGUGCCGUGGCUUCCUGGUGCGGCGGACGUUCUCAAAGCGCUUCCAUGCGGUCCUGACAAUCCAGGCUUAUGCACGAGGAAUGAUAGCACGUAGACUGUGCAAGCGUCUCAGACUGGAGAGGGAGCGACGGUUAGAUGCCGAGCAGCAGCGUCUGGCUGAAGAGUUGCAUCUGAGGAACCAGAUGACGGCACGUAGGGCUCGCGCAGAGGCAGAGAGGAAGCACCAGGAGCGUCUGGCCCAGUUCGACCAAGAGCAGAAGGAGAGAGAGCAGGCAGAGCGGGAUGAGACACGAAGGAAAAAGGAGCUUCUGGAGCAGAUGGAGAGAGAAAAACAGGAGCCGGUCAACGACUCUGACAUGGUGGACAAGAUGUUCGGAUUCCUGGGCAGCACCAACUCUCUUCCCAACCUGGAGGGUGAAGCACCAGAAGGGUUUGAGGAUCUCGAGAAAGUUCCAAGACAGUUUGAGGAAGUCAUUGAUGAACCUAUUCCACUUCCUGAUGAUGAAGAGGAAGACCUGUCAGAGUAUAAGUUUGCAAAGUUUGCUGCAACCUACUUUCAGGGAAAUGCCACACAUACAUAUAUACGGCGGCCACUGAAACAACCUCUGCUGUUCCAUGAGGAUGAAGGAGAUCAGCUAGCUGCUCUGGCUGUGUGGAUCACUGUUUUGAGAUUUAUGGGAGAUCUCCCUGAACCCAAAUAUCAUAUCAGCAUUAGUGACGGCAGUGAGAAGAUUCCAGUUAUGACUAAAAUCUAUGAGACAUUGGGGAAGAGAACCUACAAAAGGGAGCUGCAGGCCCUGCAGGUGGAUGAGGAGAGUUCCACUACUGACAUCCAGAAGAGGAACAGUGUACGGCAUAAGCUGGUGUCCCUCACAUUAAAGAAGAAAUCAAAGAUCACAGAGGAGGUGACCAGACGGCUAACCGACAGCGAUUACAGUCUGCAGGCAAACAGCAUGCUGGAAGACCGACCCACCUCCAAUUUAGAGAAGCUCCACUUCAUCAUUGGCAAUGGCAUUUUACGCCCUGCUCUCAGAGAUGAGAUCUACUGUCAAAUCUGUAAACAGCUGAGCCAGAAUACAUCCAAAAGCAGCCAUGCCCGUGGCUGGAUCCUGCUGUCCCUCUGUGUGGGCUGCUUUGCUCCUUCCGAAAAAUUCGUCAAAUAUCUGCGAACAUUCAUUAACAGCGGCCCACCUGGUUAUGCGCCUUAUUGCGAGGAGAGACUGAGAAGAACAUUUGCGAAUAAGACAAGAACCCAGCCUCCUUCUUGGCUUGAGCUGCAGGCCACUAAAUCUAAGAAACCCAUCAUGUUGCCGGUGACCUUCAUGGACGGCACUACAAAGACCCUGCUGACUGACUCCGCCACCACAGCCGAAGAGCUCUGCAACGCUCUGUCAGACAAAAUCGGCCUGAAGGAUCGCUUUGGCUUCUCUUUAUACAUUGCUCUUUUUGAUAAGGUUUCAUCACUGGGCAGUGGGAAGGAUCAUGUGAUGGAUGCUGUGUCACAGUGCGAGCAAUAUGCUAAAGAGCAGGGCGCUCAGGAGCGCAAUGCCCCCUGGAGGCUGUUCUUCAGGAAGGAAAUCUUCACGCCCUGGCACAACCCUGCGGAGGACAGCGUGGCCACUAACCUUAUCUACCAGCAAAUCGUGCGUGGGGUCAAAUUCGGGGAGUACCGUUGUGAUAGGGAGGAGGACCUGGCUGAGCUGGCCUCUCAACAGUACUAUGUGGACUAUGGGUCAGAAGUCCUACCAGAUCGUCUUCUGAGUCUUAUUCCAUCCUAUAUACCAGACCGAGAAAUUACUCCCUCCAAGACAGUGGAGAAAUGGGCUCAAAUGAUCAUAGCAACUCACAUAAAGGGAAUCUACACACAGAAGAUGUUUGACUCGCAGAGAGUGAAGGAGGAGGUGGUGGAUUUCGCUCGAUUUAAGUGGCCUUUGCUUUUUUCUCGCUUCUAUGAGGCCUUCAAAUUCUCAGGGCCUAGUCUCCCAAAGAAUGAUGUUAUAGUAGCAGUGAACUGGACUGGGGUCUACUUUGUGGAUGAGCAGGAGCAGGUCCUUCUGGACCUUUCUUUCCCAGAGAUCACUGCAGUCUCCAGCAGCAGAGGUGGAAAGCUGCAGGGACAGAGCUUCACUCUGGCCACUAUUAAAGGAGAUGAGUACACCUUCACAUCCAACAAUGCCGAAGACAUCCGUGACCUGGUUGUCAUCUUUCUAGAGGGCCUGCGUUCUAGGUCAAAGUUUGUGGUGGCCUUGGUGGACAGCCAUUACCCUGCUGGACAUGACUCUUCGUUCCUGAGAUACUCAAAGGGAGAUCUGAUCUUUCUGGAUGAGCACACUGGAGAGCAGGUCCUGAAUUCAGGUUGGGCUCACGGGGUCAAUGAUAGAACCAAAAAAAGAGGAGACUUCCCUGCAGACAGCGUCUAUGUGCUGCCCACCAUCACCAGACCACAGUAUGAUAUUGUGUCGUUGAUUACCAUGUCCCCAGACCAGCGUAAGGACUCCGUUAGUUUGUCCCAUCAGAAUCUGCUGGACAGUGGGGAGAAGGUUCAGCCGUACACUCUAGAGGAGUUCUCCUACGAUCACUUCAGACCGCCUUCCAAGAGCACACUGAGUCGUGUGAUCAUCAAUAAAGGCAGAGGGAAGGAUAAACUGUGGUGUUGCACCAGAGAACCUCUCAAGCAGCCUUUGCUGAAGAAAGUCCUCAAUCACGAAGAGCUGUCCCAGGAUGCCUGCCAGGCCUUCAUUGCUAUCAUGAAGUACAUGGGCGACUACCCCUCGAAGAGAAGCCGCUCGGUCAAUGAGCUCACUGAUCAGAUCUUUGAGGGAGCUUUAAAAGCUGAACCUCUGAAGGAUGAAAUCUUCUGUCAGAUCAUCAAGCAACUGACCGAGAAUCAUGUUAAAUACAGUGAGGAGAAGGGCUGGGAGCUUCUCUGGCUCUGCACUGGGCUUUUCCCUCCCAGUAACAUGUUGCUUCCUCAUGUCCAAAAGUUCCUGCAAUCUAAAAAGCAUCAUCCAGUCGCCCCAGACUGCGUGCAAAGACUGCAGAAAGCCUUGCGAAAUGGAUCCAGAAAGUAUCCUCCUCACCUUGUAGAAGUAGAGGCCAUUCAACACAAAACUACCCAGAUCUUUCACAAAGUGUACUUCCCUGAUGACACUGAUGAGGCUUUUGAAGUUGAAUCGAGCACAAAAGCCAAAGAUUUCUGUCUGAACAUCGCUGGCAGAAUGAUGCUGCAGUCUUCUGAAGGCUUCAGCUUGUUUGUCAAAAUUUCUGACAAGGUGAUCAGUGUGCCAGAAGGAGAUUUCUUCUUUGACUUUGUUCGACAUCUGACAGACUGGAUCAAAAAAGCCAGAGCUGUGAAAGAUGGCACAGUGCCUUCACUGACCUACCAAGUGUUUUUCAUGAAGAAACUAUGGACCAACACUGUCCCAGGAAAAGAUCCCAUGGCUGACUUCAUUUUUCAUUACUUCCAGGAGCUCCCAAAGUAUCUGCGUGGCUACCACAAGUGCAUUCUUGAAGAGGCGUUCCAGCUGGCCGCGCUCAUUUACAGAGUGAGGUUCGAGGAGGACAAAUCACAGUUUCAUAACUUCACCAAGAUGCUGAAGGAGCUGGUUCCUCAGGACAUGAUGCAUCAGCUGUCGCCCGACGACUGGAAACGGCCUGUCGUUACAUACUUCAAUAAACAUGCAGGGAAAUCUCGAGAGGAGGCAAAACAGAUGUUUCUGGAAAUCAUUUACAAGUGGCCUACUUUCGGAUCUGCAUUUUUUGAAGUCAAGCAAUCCUCAGAUCCAAAUUUCCCAGAAGUCCUCUUGAUAGCUAUCAACAAGCAUGGUGUUACUCUCAUUGACCCAAAAACAAAGGACAUUUUGGGCACACACCCCUUCACCAAAAUCUCUAACUGGAGUAGUGGACAUACCUAUUUCCACAUUACCAUUGGUAACCUGGUUAGAGGGAGCAAACUGCUGUGUGAGACCUCACUGGGAUACAAGAUGGAUGAUCUUCUCACGUCUUACAUCAGUCAGAUGUUGACGACCAUGACCAAGCAGCGCAGUUCACGUGUAAAUAAUAAGUAACAUCCAAGGCUUGUAAUAGUGCACUGUUUAUUUAUAAGCACACAGACUCAGUUCUCACUAUAUCCUAGAUCUGUAAUUUUGAUACAUGAAGAUAAACUGAAUCUGCUUUUAGUGUUGUUACUUUUUCAUACUGGAGCCUUAAUUGUAAAUUGUGAGUUUAAUUUAUUUUAUAGCAUUUCUCAUUUAAUGUCAAUGAAGAACAUGUUAAAUUGACAGUCAAAAAAAGACUUGUUGCCUUUAAAUUUUAGCCCCUCAUAUGGUUUUACUCUGAUACCAAAUUGAAAGUCAGAUCAAGUUCAUGAUUUCAGUUAUUUAAUUUGUUAAUGAUUUGCACAUCUCAUUUUGCCAAUUAAAUGCAUUAUAAAUAUUUAGAAAUGUUGCAGAAUUUGGUUUUGCUCCUUUAGCCUAACGACUUAAAAGAUUCUCUUCCUGGUCAUAACCUUAAGGUCAUUUUUGACCUCUAGGUCACCAAUGAUUGGUACAUUAAUGUAAUUUUACUAACUCAUUGUCAACAAAAUUUAAUUCAGUCUAUGAAGAUAUUCUAAUUUUUUCUGAAUAGUAUUUCUUUAUUACCUUUGUAAAUGGUUGACCAGGUAUUUCAGAGAUGUGUAUUAAAAUGUAUUUAAUGGAUCAGUUAUAUGACUACAAUCAUUAUAAUUUCUAUACGAGAUAUUUAGACGACAUCUUUAGGCAUUAUCCAAUUUAUUUAUUGUUUUUUUUUAGAAUGUAUGUAUUUGUAGUUUGUAAUUCUGGUCAUUCCAAUUUUCUUGUAUU